AUGCAGUUUAGUCCAAAUUGUCCAAAUUGUUUUUGCGGUCUCCCAGCAUCGCCAGUUUAUUCCGAAGAAUUUGGCUUGUUAUACGAAUGUCAUAAUUUACACAAUAAUCCAUGGGUUGAAGAACAGCUUUUGAACGGGCGAGGCAGUCCUGAAAGCGACCAAUCAGAUACAAACAUAGUCCUUUCCUUAUCAACAAGCAGACAAAAGGAUAAAAUAUGCGGUUAUCAUAUUCACAAAGAUACCUGGGAUAGUUUUUUCGAUAGUGAAGGUUUAGAUGCAGAACAUCCAGAAUUGGCUAUUUGCCCAUUUUUUAAUUUCACCUUUUGUGCUUUCUUUCAUCUAAAGAAUACUUUCCGAUUAAGCCAUCCACCUCCUCCAAAUUGUUUUUGUAAACUUCCUGUAACGAUGCGAUAUGUUUACUCUCAGGAUUUAAAUCGAGAAGAGUUGAAGUUCGUUUGUCCAAAUUAUUUAAUUGACGGAGCGAGACCUAAAUGUACAUGGAUGUUAUCGGCAAGUGAAGUGCCAUUCAAAAGACCUAACGGAUGUACACAUCCUUUGCAAAAGCAAGGUUCAAAUAGACUUUUAGAGCCUAGUCAACAAAUUCAGAGUUGUAAUCACUCGAUCAUAAAAAGAGAAACAUCUAACGGCUAUAAUUCUGGUACGAGAGGUCGAUUUGGAAAUAAUGGUUAUAAUUACAACAGCGAAAGAUACAGACCAAAGCAAUUUUCUAAUCAUUUUCAACAGGAAGUAAGUUUCUUUGGUGAUAAAUAUUCUUACAAUGGGGAUUUUAAUAAUCAUAAAUCAGAGAGAUUGGAUCAUCAUCGAGGUGAAUCUAAUAAUGAUCUCAGACCUAAGAAUUGUAAUUAUCAGAAUAACACACAUCAGGAUCAAAAACCUAUAUUUGAUAAUGACAGAAACGUAUCGAGAAGAAUAAAUAAUGGAACAGGAUCUUCUUAUUCACAGGAAGGAUGGGAUCCUGGACGUAAUUGGAAAGGAAGGCAGUAUCAUAAGAACACUUCAUGGGAUAAUAAUAAGAAUUUACAAAAUUCAAGUGGUUCAGAUCAUAAAGGUAAUUCGAGCGGACAAGUUAUAAAUAAAAUUACGAAUUCAGGAAUUAAAAACCGAGAAAAGUCAAAUAUUUCUAACGGUAGAAUAAGUGCUAAUGAUGUAGCGCCGUCAAUAUCUAAUGUAAUAUCUAUGAAAGUUCACGUGAAGGAAACUUCUUAUGUUACAAAUUCCAAUAAAAAACCUGUCACAAAUUGUAAAUGCGCAACAGAUGCAACACGCCUUUUAUCAGAAAAUCAGAGGUUAAAAUCUGAAAAGCAAAAGUUGAUCUCUAAACAUGAAGAUGAAAUAGAUCAAUGGCUUAUGAAAGUGGAGGAUUUAGAAUACGAGGUGAAACGUCUUCUGAGUAGGGUAGGACAUUAUAAAACUGAAUACGAAUCCGAACAAAACUUAAGACAAUCUUGUCAGAUGAAGAUAAUUGAACUUCAAGCUCAAAUUGCGGAUGUAACAACAAAAAUCGAUGAAUUACAUAUUUUAAAGGAGAAGGAAAAAGAAGAAUACGCUAUGGGAAAUAUGAAAUGUAAAUUACUAAGUGUGUUAUUUGUCGAAAACCAAAGGAGAAGAUUAUUAGAAUUUAUUUGGGAUAAUUAUAAUAUUUAUGUGGAAUAA